AUGGUGUCCCAGGCGGUGCAGCUGCUGCGGCAGGGCCUGUGGGCGGCGCUGACCGGCGGCUGGUACCACGACCCGGAGCAGAGCAAAUUCACCAACAGCUGCCACCUCUAUCUGUGGCUCUUCCUGCUGGCGCUGCCGCUCGCGCUGCACCUGGCUUUCCCUCCAAAUGCAGUGACAGUUUUUAUCUACUGUAGUUCUGUGACUGUGUUCUUCACAAUAAUAAAGGUAGUCAGUUAUCGUCUGCACCUUAUGUUUGAUAAAGGAGAAGUAAUUCAACAAAGGAUCUUGCAAAAGAAUGGAAGGCAAAGCAAAGAUAAAGAGACCAAAAGAGAAAAUACUUCAAGUCACAGAGAAUCCUCCAGCAAGCGACCCCUGCCCCAUAAUGGUACAAUUGAAGAGGUCAAGCAAAAUGACUCGACCCCAACAAUCCAUGGCAGUUCAAGAGUACAGGCUAUAAACUUGCACCACUCUUCUGGAGUCGUGGAGCUGCCAACACAAGAAACUGUUGAAGAUCUCAAAGGGGUAACAAUGUUAGAAGACCAGGCUUCACCACCAGUUUUAUCUACCUCACCCUAUAUCAAAGCGGAUAUGUUACCUAUUUCUAUAGCCCAUAUGUCAGAUUCUACCACAUCGGCAAUAGUAGCAAAACCAGCAGCUAUGGAGACAUUUAUCAGUAAUGGAACAAAUGAAAAAGAAGAGAAGCUGCACCCUUCUGGCUACUUUGGAUCAGAAGAUAUUCUCAUGGACAAAAAUCUGGUUAAAAAGUUGUCAAAUCUCUCUCUGUCACAGUAUGACAUUUUAAGAACUGGCAUUUCUUUUGAGCAAUGGGGCAGUGAAAAUUCAGUUAUUAUUUCAGAGCAUUUAAGUAAUCCAAAAAGUUACAAAAGAGAGAAAUUCCCAGAUGGAUCACCCCAUGAAAGCUUUAAUCGUAACUGCCCACAGUGUAAUACAAUUGCAACCAAAGAGACCGAUGGGCCUGUGGAAAUUUCUUUUCAUGUUGAUAACACCAAUGAAGAUCUUGAUUAUUCAGAUGGUGAGGUUGCUAUUGCUCUUGUUGACAGUUCUCUGCCUGGAGACCAACUUAAUUUACAUGAACCCAUUAAAAUAGUUAUUACAAUGAGUAGUACACCAAAUACAAUGAGUGAUUUAGAAGGUUCUCUCCAUCUGAAGGUGUCAGGUACUGAGAAAACUAGCUCAAACCCAGACUCUGGUGUAGCUAUAGCAGAUCUCCACAGUCAAAAAAAUAACGAACAGAUCAAAAUUCCAGUUAUAACUUUUGAAUUGUCUGAUGAUGGUGGAGGUAAUGUUCAUCUGGAAGCCAGUGAAAAUGAAAGAACCCCAGAACGUUUAAAGGUCGAUGCAUCAUCCAACCAGUGUUCUGGCUAUGAGUCUGGUGAUCUGGACAAUGCAGUAAAGGACCAUAGCUAUCCUGCAAAUAACCAUUCAGAAACUAACACUCGUUUAGGUCCAAAUCUGGAGAAUGCUUCGGAGAAUUUGCUGGUCACCACUUCCAAUUCUAAAGAAAUUCAACAGAACCUUGAUCCUCUGUCUUAUAAAACUGCCCAUGAAAAGAGACACAUUCGAGUGCUGAGUGUAGACAGUGGGACAGACAUCUUUUUAAGUAAGAAUUCCAUGGAGAUAAUCAGUGAUAAAGAAAAGACCUUGCCAACUUCUAAAUCUGACUUAGAAGCUAAAGAAGGACAAAUACCCAAUGAAUCUAACUUCCUGGAAUUUGUCUCCCUGCUGGAAUCCAUUAAUACUGCAAAGGUGACAGCAUCAAAUCAGUCCAAUAUCAAAACAGAGACUACAAAAGAUGAUGGGUUUGGUGGAGAUAGCCAUACAACCGAGAGAAAAGAAGAAAUGCUGGAAACAGAAAAGCACUACAAGCAUGUUUCUAAACAGGAAAGAUCAGAUGUACAAAGUCAAGAUUGGGCUAGUGCUAGUCCAGUGCUACCAGAGCCUGCCCAAUUUACAGCACAUUACCAGGGCAACAGGCAAAGGCAGAUAAUCUACCGGGUAACUUCCCAGCAAGAUAGUUCUGUCUUGCAAGUUAUAAGUGGACCUGAGGCUUCAAUGCAAGAUGAAAUAUCUGUGGAUGCGAUGCAUGUGUUCAUAGAUGAGCAUGGGGAAAUUAGAUCCUGCUAUUUAAAGGCUGGCAGUCAGAAGGAAGGAAAUACUCGAUAUCAGACAUCAAAUUAUGAUUGUAUUUCUAAUGCUCAUGAAACACAGUUCAGUUCCUCUAGUACUACCACUUCGGAGAGUCAAGAACCAUCUUCAGGAGAUCACGCUGCAAGUGCACUCCAGCAGCAGCUCUUACUGAUGGUGGCACGAAGAACCCUUUCAGAAACACCACGGCAUCUGAGUCAGGACUUUGAGGACUCUUCAUGCUCUUCAGCACAACGAAAAUUUAACAGGCAGUUUUACAAAUUUAUUAUAUUUCCUGGCAAGUGGAUUAAAGUCUGGUAUGAUCGACUUGCUUUGUUGGCAUUACUGGAUCGGACUGAAGCUAUCAAGGAAAAUGUGUUGGCUGUUCUUUUAGUAGUUCUUGUCUCACUUCUUGGGUUCCUAACUCUGAAUCAAGGCUUUUGUAAAGACAUUUGGGUCCUCUUGUUCUGUCUUGUCAUGGCCGGUUGCCAAUAUUCCCUUCUAAAGAGUGUUCAGCCUGACCCUGCCUCACCAAUACACGGACACAAUCAAAUCAUAAUGUACAGCAGACCAGUAUAUUUUUGUAUCUUGUGUGGCCUUAUUUUGCUGCUAGAUGCUGGAUCUAAAGACAAAAAUCCUUCGAUUUACACAGUAUAUGGCUUGAAGCUCUUUUCUCCUGGAUCUCUCCAAUCAGCCAGAGACCAUAUAAUAGUGUUUUUGUAUUGCUUCCCUGCAAUUUCUCUUCUUGGCCUUUUCCCUCAAAUCAACACCUUUUGUAUAUAUCUCUUGGAACAAAUAGACAUGUUACUUUUUGGUGGUUCUGCUGCUGCUGGAUUGAUAUCUGCCCUCUACAGUGUUUCUCGAAGCUUUGUAGUUGUGAUUGUACUGUAUGCUUUCUGCUUCAAUGCAGUGAAGGAACCAUGGGAUGCUCGACACAUUCCAGCACUGUUCUCUGCUUUCUGUGGCCUUUUAGUUGCACUUUCUUAUCAUCUUAGCAGGCAAAGCAGUGAUCCAUCUGUACUUAUGUCCCUUAUUCAAUGUAAAUUUUUUCCUCACUUUCUACGUCAAAAUUUGAGAGAUUCAUCAACAGAUGCACUCCCAGAGAAGAUGAGAGAGUCAGUGAAGGAAAUCUUGAAAUCCGAUCUCAUUGUCUGCACAGUGGCUGCUGUUCUAUCAUUUGCAGUCAGCGCCAGCACUGUGUUUCUGUCAUUAAGGCCAUUUCUCAGCAUUGUGCUGUUUGCUUUAGCAUGGACUGUGGGAUUCGUAACACAUUACAUACUUCCUCAGCUCCGCAAGCAUCAUCCUUGGCUGUGGAUUUCACACCCCAUACUUAAAAACAAAGAAUAUCAUCAGCGGGAAGUGAGAGAUGCUGCUCAUUUAAUGUGGUUUGAAAGACUCUAUGUGUGGCUUCAAUGUUUUGAGAAAUACAUCUUGUAUCCAGCAAUAAUAUUGAAUGCCCUCACCAUUGAUGCUUUUUCAAUUAGUAAAUACAAGAGACUUGGUACACACUGUGAUAUUUUCCUGAUAACAAUUGCUGGGAUGAAGCUGCUCCGAUCCUCAUUCUGUAAUCCGGUUCAUCAAUUUGUUACUUUGAGCUUUACUGUAAUCUUCUUCCAAUUUGACUACAGAGAUAUCUCAGAGAAUUUCUUGCUGGAUUUUUUCAUGAUGUCCAUUGUGUUUCACAAGCUGUGGGACCUACUGCAAAAAUUACAGUUUGUUAUGACAUACAUUGCUCCCUGGCAGAUUGCGUGGGGAUCUUCAUUUCACGUGUUUGCUCAGCUCUUCUCAAUACCUCAUUCUGCUAUGCUUUUCUUUCAAACUCUGGCCACUUCGAUCUUCUCUACACCACUGAGUCCAUUUCUUGGUAGUGUCAUUUUUAUCACAUCAUAUGCCAGGCCUGUCAAGUUCUGGGAGAAAAACUACAAGCUCACAGCCUUGGCAAAACGAAAUGACGACAAUAAUCUCAACUCCAUUUUUUAUGAGCAUCUGACAAGAUCUUUGCAGGAGUCUCUUUGUGGAGAUUUGAUUCUUGGCCGCUGGGGAAACUACAGCUCAGGAGACUGUUUUAUUCUGGCAUCGGAUUAUUUAAAUGCCUUUGUUCACUUGAUCGAAAUUGGAAAUGGCCUCGUCACUUUCCAGCUCAGAGGGCUAGAAUUUCGAGGGACAUAUUGCCAGCAGAGAGAAGUGGAAGCUAUAACAGAAGGAGAUGAAGACAAUGAAGGCUGCUGCUGCUGUCAGCCAGGUCACUUGCCUCACUUGCUAUCAUGCAACGCAGCCUUUAACCUCCGAUGGCUGACAUGGGAAAUAACACGAACCCAGUAUAUACUGGAAGGAUAUAGCAUCAUUGAUAACAAUGCCGCCACAAUGCUGCAAGUGUUUGAUCUGCGAAGAAUACUCAUCAGAUAUUACAUAAAGAGUAUAAUAUACUUCACAGCAAAUUCACCCAAAAUCUCACACUGGAUAAAAGAUGAAUCAAUCCAGAAGACACUACAGCCUUAUGCCAAAUGGCAUUACAUUGAACGUGACCUUGCAAUGUUCAACAUUAACAUUGAUGAGGACUAUGUUCCAUGUCUUCAAGGAAUAACCAGAGCUAGCUUCUGCAGUGUUUAUCUUGACUGGAUUCAGUACUGUGCUGGAAAAAGAAGGGAGGUAAGUCAUCUGGAUAGUGAUGAGGAUUCUCCUUUAGUAACUCUCUCCUUUGCCCUGUGUAUUCUGGGUAGAAGAGCUUUGGGAACAGCAGCCCACAAUAUGGCCAUCAGUUUAGAUUCCUUUCUUUAUGGACUCCAUGCUCUGUUCAAAGGAGACUUUCGAAUUACAGCAAAAGAUGAAUGGGUGUUUGCAGACAUGGAUCUAUUGCAUAAGGUGGUCGCUCCAGCAGUCAGAAUGUCCCUGAAGCUACAUCAGGACCAGUUCACCUGUCCAGAUGAGUAUGAGGACCCUGCAGUUCUGUAUGAGGCAAUCCAGUCUUUUGAGGAAAAGAUUGUAAUUUGUCAUGAGGGUGACCCUGCCUGGCGCAGAGCUGUACUCUCUAACAGAGAAGAGCUUCUCACCUUGAGACAUAUAGUGGAUGAAGGGACAGAUGAAUAUAAAGUUAUUAUGCUCCACAAAAGCUACCUGAGCUUCAAAGUUAUCAAGGUAAACAAGGAAUGUGUCAGAGGGCUUUGGGCUGGGCAGCAACAGGAGCUAAUUUUUUUGCGCAAUCGUAAUCCAGAGCGAGGUAGUAUUCAGAACAAUAAACAAGUCUUGAGGAACUUGAUUAACUCUUCAUGUGAUCAGCCACUGGGAUAUCCAAUGUAUGUUUCCCCAUUAACCACAUCGUACAUAGGGACACACAGCCAGCUGAUGAACAUCUGGGGUGGACCUAUCAGUUUGGACAACAUUAAAACAUGGUUCAGAUCCAAGUGGUUAAGAAUGCGGAAGGACUGUCAUGCAAGUCACAGCAGUGGAAACAACAUUGAAGAGGUGGAUAGUGGAGGUGGGUCUUCAUCCAGAAACAAUUCCGCAAGUAAUUCAAGCCAGAGUAGUAGCUCACAACACACAAGAAAUGGAACCCCCCAGAUGCAGCCUUCUUCACAAGAUUCCCGUCAAUAUGCAGGCAGAAGAAAAUUCAGGAGUCAGUCUGUUCAGACACAUGCUGCCUUAAACCAGAGGCCACCGGUUUCAAGUCAUUCUGAACCACUUGUAGAAAGUUACCAGCCCAUUAUCCAAGCUUCCACAUCUGCCCAUGAAAUUGUCCAAAGGCUUUCCAGAAGCCAGUUGUCCUUCCACAAUUCAGUCACAUCUGUGUUUUCUCAAACCCCUGCCAUUCCUGCUGGUGACCAGUUGACUGUCCAGGAUAGAGCCGGAGCAAUGCUGAGGUCCAGUCUGGCCUCUUCCACCAGCUCUACUCUCAGCCUUCUGUUUGGCAAGAGAAGUUUUUCAAGUGCUUUGGUGAUUUCUGGGCUCUCGGCUGCUGAUGGAGGAAACACAACUGAUACCCAGUCAUCCAGCAGUGUCAACAUUACCAUGGGUCCAUCUGCUAGAGCUGCGAGCCAAGCAACACGGCAAUUCUCCGAGACUUAUGAAGUGACUGAUGCUACAAAAUCUAGACCGCGAAAAGACCUAGGUCCUGCCCGAGCCAUUUUUGAGAGUCAUAAUCUGGAGUGUAGAAGAGCCAGCCAGGAGGAUAUGGCACUGGAGGAUACAGCUUCUCAACAGAGCCUUUCAGAAGAGCAGUGAAGAAUAUUCCUAGUUCAAGGGCCAUAUGUACUCCUUCAAAGUAAAGAAAAACACACCUAGGUCAGUCAGCUCCAGUUAUUUCAAGUGUAACAACAAACCUCAAAACGCUUUAUUUUUCUAACUUCGGAGAGAGAAUCCCAUAGUGCAGAUGUUCUUCAGCAAAAAGGCUUGGCAUGUGGGGAUGGAAGGACCUUUACAGAAUUUAAAGAUGUCCUAAAAUGCAGUGCAACUUCAUCUCAGGUUCUUGACAUUUCUAAAACAAUGAAUAAACUCUGCGUGAUAUCCUUCCCCCGCAGCGGUGCUGACACACUUGUGGUGGAAAUCUGGACAUGCUCAAAAAGAAGCAUGCGUGGAAGUGCAAGUGAAAGCAAUGGAAGAUCUUAAUACAACUCGGCGAAAAGCACACAGACAUCUGUU